UUUCCACGAGAGAAACUAGUCCGCACAACAAAACCUUCCUUGAAGAACCUGUUCCCAGGGAUUUGUACUUGGCCGAAGAUGUUUUUGAUGCAGAGAUCCCAGUCUCAGAAUCUCCUGGUUCCACAACCAAAACUGGUCCGCAAAACGAAACCAUCCCUGCAGAACCUGUUGUCAUGGAUCUUUCCUUGGCCAAAGACGUUCUUGAUGAAAAGAUCCCAGACUCAAAAGCUCCCUGCUCCACUACAGAAUCUGGUCACAACGAAACCUUCCCUGAAGUAUCUGUUGCCACGGAUCUUUCCUUGGCCAAUGAUGUUUUUGAUGAAAAUAUCCCAGGCUCAGAAACUCCCUCUUCCACAGCAGAAACUGAUCUACACAACAAAACCUUCCUUGGCGAACCUGCUGUCACGGAUCUGUCCUUGGCAGAAACUGUUCCCGACGACACUAAUCUCCCAAAUGAAUCUGCUGCUACAUAUCUGGAUUUCACGGAAGGUAUUCCCGACCAAAAAGUAUUUUUGGACGAUGCCGCAUUUUUAUCUUUUGCAGAAGCUAUUUUCGAUCAAAAGUUCUCACCAGAAGUUCCAGAUUCGGUGACGGUUUCUCCAGAUACUCAGGAAUCUCUGUCAAAUGGUACAGUUGUUGAACCAGUAAGUAUAUGGAGCAAUGGGGGACUCCUUGGACUUGCGCCAUUGAAACCUCCAGUUUUUGCUGAGCCUAAUUCUGUAAGCGAGCAUAUACAGAACGAGACCAACGGAGCUAGUAAGAGGCCAGAAUCAUCAGGCAGACCAGUUGAAGUUACAGAGAAGAGCUCACUUUCUUUAGCUGUUUCAGAUCCCACCACCACUCAGCAACAAAGCAGCAACAUGUUGAGUCAUUCUAAUGGAUCUCACUCUCACCUGCAGAGCACGCCAACAUCAUUCAAAGUCUUUGGGUUAAGUCAUAGAUUACUCAUGGCUGGGUUUCGUGGAAACUCUUCUUCAACUUGCAAAUUUGAAUCCAUACCUACUACAAGCUAUGAUACCAGAGUAACAGCUAUUGAAGACAUGACUCAACAAACUCAUCGUGUCUCGAGCUUUGAGGAGCGAUUGGAUUAUGAAUCAUCUCUCUUUGGCUCGCCUACUUCAUCACCACCGGUUGAACAUAUGAAAAUAUCAUUCAAGCCAACAGAUGCCUCUGCAGUUUCCAAACUGAAACUGAGAAUCCCAUGCCAAACUCAGCACAACGGUGAAAAUGCGGAUAUGUUCCCUUCGUUUCAGUUGGUUCCAGAGGCUAGCAACUCGGAUGACGACGACGACAGCAGCGAUAUCUUUUGUCAGUCAUCUCGUGGUGUUUCAGACAACUGUUUGUCGGAUUCUGAGCUGUGGGAAUCUGAUGAAAGCCCUAGAAAGUCUGUAUCAAGCUUGGAGCAAGGUGGAAAGAGAAAUACCCAUGGCGAUAUGGUUCCUUUUUCUGGCUCGUUUCUUGAUCUUCCGUGUUUCGACUCUGUUGAUCAUCAAUCCACAUCUUCAAGACUAGAGCAAGAUCAAGAACAAGAGCAAGAACAAGAACAAGUUCCAGAUUAUAAACCAUCUGUUUCAGAGAUCAUUCGUCAUUGGCCACCAAACAAACCAAAAUCCAGUUCCAGUAAUGAAGCAAACGCUGUUCUGAACAAAACGCAAAAUCAAUCCGGCGGGCUGUAG